AUGGACGCUCCUAGGGCGAUCGACCUCACUGCCAACGAACAAUCAGCCAGAGCAUACGAACCGCAGAACUUACAAUCCGCUCUGGAAGGAUUACAUCAAGAUGGACUGCUUGUACUGAAAAACGUGGUGGACGUGGCACACGUUGACAAGCUACGCGAAGCAAUGAGCGCCGAGACCAAAACCAUUCUCAACGAACGAGCCGGCCUAUUCAACCAAGGCGUCAACUCCAACAUCCUGCAAUGCCCACCCGUAGCAAAUGGAGACUGCCUCUUCGACGACGUAUACUUCAACCCAUACGUAAUACAAAUCGCCAAUGCCUAUCUCGGUUCUAAACCAAUCUGGUCGUUUACCACUGGUAAUAACGCCUUGACCGGAACAGCAGGCAUGCGACAACCCGUCCACAAAGACAUCACCUUCCACCACCCGACAGCCCCUUUCUAUUUCAUCGCCAACAUCGUCCUCUCAGACUUCUGCGAAGCCAACGGAGCAACCGAGUUCUGGCUCGGAUCGCACGCCCACACCACCAGCGCCGACCAAAUCCCGUGCACCGAAGAAACCAAGGUCCGGAAACAAGUCGUCGGCAUCGAUCCGUCUUGUAACGUCAAAUCAGAAGUCGUCGAGCAACGACGAAAGAUCCGUCCCCCUAUCCAAGCUGGCUGUCGCAAGGGAGACAUCAUGAUCCGCGAUUUGAGGACCUGGCAUGCGGGUAUGCCGAACACGAGUGAUCAGGAUCGGAUUAUGGUUGCGAUUGGGUACCAGGCGCCGUGGUAUCAGAAUAACACGCAGAGGCUGUUCCUGCCGUUGAAGCAUGCGAAUUUCUUUGCGAGGCAUGGUGGACAGCCUGUUGAGGUGAGAGCGAAUUAUCUGGCUGAUGAUGAGCUAGGACAGUUGUGGAAGAAUUAUGAUUUUACUUUUGAGCCUUCGGUUCCCGUUGAUCGGAGGGUGAUGGCAAAACUUUGA